GGAGAUUGAAGAGUGCAGAGCUUUGCUGUUUGCUGUUUAAUUCCUAUAAUUCCACUUAUGUUACGAGUGUUGUGCGUCUAUUCAAAGCUCCGUUGAAGACUUAAUUGAAGGACAGCGAGAACAUGAGCGAUCCAGAACCCUGCAAAAUUAAAAAUGAAGACUCUGAACAACAAAUAGACCUAAUUGAAGAGAAUGAGGGGAAUAAAGAGGAGGAACAUUAUAUCAAAAUUGAGGAAAAAACUCAUUUACAGACUGAUGGUAUUUUGAAAAGGAGAGACAAGAAUCGCUUCACCUGCACUCAUUGUGGAAAGAGUUUUGGAAGUAAAGGCGAUCUUACGAUUCACAUCAGGAUCCACACUGAAGAGAAACCAUUCACAUGCACUCAGUGUGGGAAGAGUUUUAGCCAAUCAUCACACCUUAAUCAACACAUGAUGAUCCACACAGGAGAGAAACCAUUCACAUGCACUCAGUGUGGGAAAAGUUUCAUCCGCUCAUCAUCCCUUAAUCUACACAUGAUGAGCCACACUGGAGAGAAACCAUUCACAUGCAGUCAGUGUGGGAAGCGUUUCAGCCAAUCAUCACACCUUAAUAAACAUAUGAUGAUCCACACUAGAGAGAAACCUUUCACAUGCGCUCAGUGUGGGAAGAGUUUUAGCCAAUCAUCACGCCUUAAUGAACACAUGAUGAUCCACACAGGAGAGAAACCAUUCACAUGCUCUCAGUGUGGGAAGAGUUUCAUCCGCUCAUCAUCCCUUAAUCUACACAUGAUGAGCCACACUGGAGAGAAACCAUUCAAAUGCCUUCAGUGUGGGAAGAGUUUUUGCCAAUCAUCAAACCUUAAUCUGCACAUGAUGAGCCACACUGGAGAGAAACCAUUCAAAUGCCUUCAGUGUGGGAAGAGUUUUUGCCAAUCAUCAAACCUUAAUCUACACAUGAUGAUCCACACAGGAGAGAAACCUUUCAAAUGCACUCAGUGUGGGAAGAGUUUUAACUGCUUUUCGCACCUUAAUCAACACAUGAGGAUCCACACUGGAGAGAAACCUUUCAAAUGCACUCAGUGUGGGAAGAGUUUCAGACAGUCAACAAACUUUAAUCUACACAUGAGGAACCACACUGGAGAGAAACCAUUCACAUGCACUCAGUGUGGGAAGAGUUUCAGCCAAUCAGCAUCCCUUAAUCAACACCUGAGGAUCCACACUGGAGAGAAACCAUUCACUUGCACUCAGUGUGGGAAGAGGUUCAGCCAAUCAUCAUCCCUUAAUCUACACAUGAGGAUCCACACUGGAGAGAAACCAUUCACUUGCACUCAGUGUGGGAAGAGUUUCAGCCAAUCAUCAAACCUUAAUCUACACAUGAGGAUCCACACUGGAGAGAAACCAUUCACUUGCACUCAGUGUGGGAAGAGUUUCAGGCAAUCAUCAAACCUUAAGCUACACAUGAGGAUUCACACUGGAGAGAAACCAUUCACUUGCACUUGAGCCGCGGUCACACUGGACUUUUCUCCCCUUAGACUUCCAUUCAUACGCACGUUAAUGCGUCAGACCGGAAACGCAAGUUUGUGCGUCAAGUUUCGCAGUUCACUGCCUUGCAAAGAUCAAGCUUUGUGAAUUCUGACCUGCGAAAUCGCAUCACUUGACUGUGUGAGACCAAUCGAAGAUCAAAACAUGACCUCUCUGGACAGAAAUUUAAAAUAUGGACCAAUCGCUCACUUUUUUAAUGUCUAAUCAUCUUGUUUAAUCCCGCUCCUUUUCGCAGCGCCAUACAACAGAAUUUCGCAUGCUCAAACUCUAGUGUGACCGCAGCUUCGGUGUGGGAUGAGUUUCAACCGAUCAUCAAACCUUAAUGAACACAUGAAGAUCCACACUGGUGUGAAAGAGUAUAUGUGCUUGAGUGUGAGAAGACUUUUAUUACAGCUCCAAAAUUUAAACUGCACCAGACGAUUCACACUGAAGAGACCGUACAAGUGUUCACACUUUGACGAAGUUUAAUCGGUUAACACAUCUGAAAACACAAAAGAGGAUUCACACUGGAGAGAAACCGUACAGCUCUGAUCAGUGUGUCUACAGAAUUGGACAAAAAGUUGCACACAUGACAUGAAUACAGCAAAACAUUUUCCCACGUGCACAGGAUGUUUUAAUGUCUGAAUAAUGUUUUGAAAAGGCUGAGUGACGGCAUACUGUUUUUCCAACAUUCCUAUGCUGCAGUAGGAGGGGUUGUAAAUGUGUCGCUCUCCUCGCGUUUACUGUAAACACAAUGAUGGUGGCUGAGAGAAGAACAGUUUUAUAAACAUCUGGCAAACAGCACCUCUGCGGCUUAAAAUCUCUCUUUGCAAGUGAUUGUACAGGUGCGGAUACAUCUGUACUCCACUCUCCAGUGUAUUUGUGUAACUAGUGUUGUUUUGGAUGAUGUUCACUGUCUGAUUCCCUGAAUGAGAAACAUCAAUGGGAAGACGCCGCACAUCAAAGAAGGUGGAGCUCUAGGACAGUUAGUUUGCAGUAUACCAGGGCCUCAACUUUAGAAAGCCCAUUCAAUUGUCCUAUGUUGCAUCUUUUAUUAGUAAAGUUUCUUUACUUUUAGGUUCAAGAUUCUUUCUAGUUUACUUCAUUUACUUUAUUGAGUAGAAUACUUGAUGAAUAUUUGAUGAUUUAGGCAGAGCAACAGGUAUUAAGUUUUACAAUAUUAAUACACUGUGAUGAUCCCAAGACUCCAGAUUGGAGUAUGUGGUAAAUCCUGAUUGGAUGCCUGCAUUACUCAUCAAUGGGUAUAAAAAAAAGGAUGUUGUGCUAGCUACCCCAAGACGCUGUGGCUACUCAGGAGUCCUCAUGACAAGUCCUGCCAUCUUAUUGACUGUUUAACCUUAUGGUUUUGUUUUGCAUUACUUGUAUCAUGUAGUUAAAGUGUUGUUGUGAUUAUAUCCUGAGUUUUUUUAUCUUCAUUAUUAUCCCUAGACAUUUGUUGGUUGCUUUGAUUAAUUGUUUUAUAAGUUACA